AUGACGCCGUUCGUAAGACUGACCAUAUUGGCGAUAGUCGCGUGCGCGCAUGCGCAAUACUCGGAGGAGCGCGCGCCUCGCUACAUCGCCUCGGAACCGAAGGAAACUCCGGCGCCCCCAGUGGCUAUACUCAAACAGAUUAACAGACACAAUGAGGACGGGUCCUACACAUACGGGUAUGAGUCCGGAGACGGCUCCUUUAAGAUCGAGACCAAGUCCCCCACCGGUGAAGUCAAGGGCAAAUAUGGCUACAAAGAUGACACAGGGAAGUUAAGAGUGAUCGAGUACGGCGCCAAUAAGUUCGGGUUCCAGCCCGCUGGUGAGGGAAUUACUGUAGCGCCACCAACACUGGUUGACGAGACGACCAGAGAGGACGGACUUCGGCCAAACAAGCAGCAGCAACAGUCCAUAGACUACGACUACGAGGAGCCCGCCCCGCGCCCUGCACCCCGCCGGCCCCCCCAAGCAGCCUACCGCGCGCCCUCCCCCCCACCUCAGCAAUACAGGCCCGCCCCGCAACAGCAAGAGUACAGGCCCGCGCCGCAACAGCAACAGUACAGGCCCGCGCCGCAACAGGCUUCGUAUAAAACGUCGUCUGCCCCAGUGCCACCGAAGCCCGCAUUUUUCGCUGGAGCUGCUCCAGUGCCGGUAGACAACGAUAAUAACAACUUCUUAAACAGCGAGCCUCAACCAAGGCAACAACAGUACAGACCCAAGCAAGACUUCAGACCGGCUCCACAGCCUCAACAGUUCGCACCACGACACACCGAGGUGGACUUCAACCAGAACUAUUCUCCCGCACCCCAGCAGUUUCCCCCAGCGAACCAGUAUCCCCAGCAAAAGAACCAGCCCUACUCCAUGUUAGACGAGCUCCUGAAGGAGUACGCGUUACCCAAAGGUGGUUCUGCGGCUGUCCACGACAUCACGUUCGGCUCAUAUUAGCUUCGUUGUUAGUAUUUGUAAAUAUCUAGUGUAUAUAAUAAAAUAAAAGUGAUUUAGUAACA